AUGAUCAAUAACGCACGCUUUGUCGGCCAGAGACUCGGCAUCACUUCAACUGAUGUUGUGUGCUGCCCUCCUCCACUAUUCCAUUGCUUUGGCCUGGUAAUAGGUUUCUUGGCAGGUAUAAUACAAGGCGCAACCGUAGUAUUUCCAUCCGAUCACUUCGAUCCCAGUGCAGUCCUUGGCAGCAUAGUUCGCUACCAAUGUACAACACUCCUAGGAGUGCCGACAAUGUUUAUCGCCGAGUUAGACUUGCUUCAGUCCAGGAAUGAAUCGUUAAAUAGCCUACGGAAAGGCCUAAUUGCGGGAUCGACCAUCUCGAACACAUUGCUCGGUCGAGUUCGUAAGAAUAUGGGGCUGAAUCAUAUGGCGAUUGCAUAUGGUAUGACUGAGACUGCGCCCGUUUCUUUCAUGAGUGCCAUAGAUGACGCAUCCGAUAAGCGAACUGAGACGGUUGGCCGAAUAAUGCCUCUUAAUCAGGCUAAGGUUAUCGAUGAUUUAGGCGAAACUGUGCAUCGGGGUAUCAGGGGGGAACUUUGUGUCAGUGGAUAUAGCUUACAAAAGGGCUAUCUGAACAACGAGGUAAAGACUUUGGAGGCUAUGAAGCUUGACGAUAAAGGGAUUCUAUGGAUGCAUACCGGCGACGAAUGCUUCAUCGACAAUGAUGGGUACUGCCACAUCACUGGGAGAAUCAAAGACAUCAUCAUCAGAGGUAAGGCUUUGCAGUUUCUUGUUGAAAUUCUUGAUAUUCCUUUGUGUCAAUUCAUUCCAAGGUUCUGA